AUGGCGAGCACAAACAUAAAGCUUCCAAAUACUGACGAACCAUUGGAAGAGGAAGCGGUUCCCGGCUAUGAUCCCGCUCACUUUUACCAAAUCGACCCCGGAGAUGUGAUAGGGAAUGGGCGGUACUCGGUUGUCUCCAAGCUAGGCUGGGGUCGUCAUUCUACCGUAUGGCUAGCCCGGGAUGUGCAACGGUAUGGCCAUCAGUCCACAAGGGGCUCUUCGCGGACUGAUCCAAGCAAAGGUGGCGCUGGCAAUCACCGCGAUAUGUUUCGAUAAAGAUCAACAGCUGCGACGAGGAUCCAGAGUCGAUUCAACAGCAGUAUGCAUUGCUGCAGCGACUGACCAAGGCGGAUCCUAACCACCGUGGAUUCUCCACUGUGCGAAAGGCUCUCGAGAGCUUUGAGCUCAAGACAGGAAGUGGAACACACGUUUGUAUCGUAUACGAGCCUCUUAGGGAGACGAUGGAUGUCUACCGACGGAGAUUCGCGGAAGGGCGCCUGCCUCUACCUCUUCUCAAAGCCUAUACCAAAGUACUACUGGCUGGAUUAGACCUUCUCCACCAAGACUGCGGCAUCAUACAUACAGGUAGAAUUCACUGCGGCAUACGAUUGAAGAGCGAUAGGUUGAUGGAUCCGUUGACUGCAGAUCUCAAGCUGGACAACAUUCUCGUUGGCUUCGAAGAUGAAUCCGUCCUAAAACUCAAGGCCGCCCAGUUUCAAACGUCGGAGAAUCUGUUCAAGCAGGGCACUGGACGGCGAAUAUAUCAGUCACGAUCUGAUUUCGGCCCACUGCAAUCAUACAUCACACCGCCGGUCAUUGGAGAUCUUGAUUCGGCCGAGGACGUAGACAUGGGCGCUCAUCCAACUCAGCCGGACGUAUAUCGUGCUCCAGAAGUAGUUCUGGGAUGGGGCUGGUCGAGUAGUGCAGAUAUCUGGAAUCUGGGGCACCUGGUACUUAUCAAGCUAGUUGCUUUAUUCAUCGGCUGACAUUUGGACAGGUCUGGACCUUGGCCAGUGGUAAAGAUCUGUUCACUUCGCUUUACACUGAGAAGGGGACCUAUGAUGCUGCUAAACACUUGGCGCAAAUGAUUGCAGUCCUCGGGCCUCCAUCGCCAACACUCAUCCAAGAGCGAUCUCAUAGCGGAUGGAAAUGGUCGCCCGCCAUCGUGAACCAGGACGGCGAUCUUUGCGAGGAUGCUCGUUCGUUCUACCGCGGUCCGUUCUUUGAGUCGACUUCAGGUAUGUGUCCGAGUGCCAUCGCUGAACCCACCUCUGACCAGUGAGAUCGCAGGUGAAUUUCUCUACCCGAAAGCAGUGCCUUUGCCUCAGAGUCUAGACGACUUGGCAGGCUUUAUAAACACUGCAGAAGAAAGGGCAAAGUUUGUGGAUUUCUUGGGCAAGAUGCUCUCGUGGGAUCCAACUCAGAGGCUAAGCGAGCGCAUGUUGUUUGAUCACGAAUGGUUGGACCUGGAGCCUUCAUGA